AUGUCCGACCAGAUCGAAAAAGUCCUCACAACAACCGCCCCUGCCCCCCUCCCCCAAUUCUCCCAAGCCGUAAAAUACAACGGCAUGGUCUACUGCUCCGGCAACAUCGGCAUCCUCCCCGACAAGCCAGGCAUGGUCCAAGCCGAAGGCACAGUCAAAGACCGCACCCGACAGGCCCUCAAGAACCUGUCCGCCGUUCUCGAGGCCUCAGGAAGCGCCCUGCAAAACGUCGUCAAAGUCAACGUCUACAUUACAAAGAUGGCAGACUUCGCCACCAUGAAUGAGGCGUAUGAUGAGUUUUUUACGUUUGAUCCCAAGCCUGCCCGCACGUGUGUUGCAGUAUACCAGCUGCCGCUGGGCACCGAUGUUGAGAUUGAGUGCACAGCUUUCCUGAACAAGCCGACUCAGAAGCUGUAA